CGGUUUGAUACCAACAGGAAGACCCGCGCAGCGUGGGAAGUGUGUGUGUUUUUUUUUUUUACCAAAGUUUGACAGAUGCAGCAAUGUCAAUUCUGUUUACAAUUGUUGCAUUUGAAUAAUUUGUUUAUUUAAAGAUAGAAGACAUUUACUCUUUCGAGAAUGAGUAGCCUGUGGAUGGGAAAUCUUGAGCCGUACAUGGAUGAGAAGUUUGUCUCCCGUGCCUUCGCCACCAUGGGGGAGCUUGUCAAGGGAGUCCGAAUCAUUCGAAACAAGAUGACUGGGUCAGCAGCGGGUUACUGCUUUGUAGAGCUUGCAGAUGAAGCGACGGCAGAACGGUGCCUUCUUAAAAUCAAUGGGAAACCCCUGCCAGGGGCAACGCCUCCUAAAAGAUUCAAGUUAAACCGGGCCACUUAUGGAAAACAGGGUGAUAGCAGCCCUGAGUAUUCCCUGUUUGUUGGUGAUCUGACUCCUGAAGUAGAUGAUGGGAUGCUCUAUGAAUUUUUCCUGAAGCGAUACGUGUCCUGCCGGGGAGCGAAAGUGGUUUUGGACCAGCAGGGCAACUCCAGAGGCUGCGGUUUUGUGAAGUUUAUGGAUGAAAAUGAACAGAAACGGGUUCUUAAGGAGUGCCAGGGAUCACUGGGGCUCGGAGGAAAGCCGUUACGGUUAAGUCUGGCUGUAACUAAAGCGAGUAAGCCAGCGCCACCUGUAGCAAGCUAUCCCCAAACCUACAACUACAACCAACUGCCAUACAACCAGUAUUACCAGGAGUACCAGGAGUACCAGGAGUACCAGAAUUACUACGCUAACUGGGGCUAUGAUCAGAACACAGGGAGCUACAGCUACAGCUAUCCCCAGUAUGGGUACACACAGAGCGCCAUGCAGUCCUAUGAAGAAGUAGAUGAUGAUGCCCUUGAAGAUCCAACCCCCCAGAUUGAUGUUGAAGAAGCCAACCGGCAGUUUAUGGAGCAAAGCGAGGAGCUGUAUGACGCACUAAUGGACUGUCACUGGCAGCCUUUGGACACGGUGUCUUCAGAAAUCCCAGCUGCGCUCUAGGGUUUGUGUAAUUGGAGGAGUGAUGUGCAUUAAGCAGACAACCUACAGUCAACAGCAGAGAGGACACACUUUGCUGCUCUGAACAUGCUGCGCUUUUAAAUGGGUUGAAGAACAAUGUUGACUAUCGUUUAAAGUCAAGAACUGUCAGCCAAGGGAUUCAACUUUUCAAUCCCUUCUAUGUAAUGCUGGUGGGGGGUCGGGGGGAUUGUCAAAAAGGACUAAUAUUAAUGUGUCAGUUUUUUGGGGGUUAUCCUGGGUAAAUUAACAGAAUAUUUUGGAACUUUUGUGUUUUUAUUAUAUAUAUGCUGUAUAUAUUAUUACCCAGUUAUUUUCGUUGUCUGUAAAAUAUAAAUUCACAUAGAACCCCAAAACAGCAAUGGUAUGUGUAUAAGGUUUAUUUUUUUUUUAAAGAGAGAGAACCCCCCCCCCAAAAAAAAAAAAAAAACCAGAACAAAUGUGGUGAAAAAACAGCAGUAGUAAAAUAAAGAAAAGAGUUGUGCUUGAUGGUCCAGGAGUAGACUAGAGGAAGACUAGGAGAGAGAACAGAGAAAAAUGUAAUGAUCUUGAUAUUUUAUAGCAGUACUUUAAAUAAAUGAAUACAAGGUGUAAUCCCAUGAACAGAUAACGGGGGUGCUGUGUACAGAAUAGAUUUGAUCAGCCUGUUAGCUCUACACACGCAGUCCUGGCUCCUAAUCAAUAUAGCAUCUCUGUUUUGAAAGAAUGAUUCCAUGCACCGUUCCCAGGCAUGCUGUUGAUGUCUACAUAACCAUUGCCACCCUGCGCUUUCUGCUACCCAAAGCAAUCAUUUAGCUGUGUGAAUGGACUGGGUUCAUUAAACGCAUUUCAAGGACAACACUUUUUUUUUUUACCAUAAAAAAACAAUAUAAAGAAAAGGUGUGAUCUUAACUACAGACUCUCAUUAAGCCUAUCUUUCAUACAAUUUGGUUUGGUCUCUUUAUCAGGCUUUAGCAUUAUGUCUACAUAUCAAGUCUGGGUAAUAUAUUUUGCCACACUUCACAACAGACCAAUUUCAAUACUGGGAAGAAUGAAUGAACCAAGGGGUAAAAGUCUGCUAACCUUUGCUCUAUAGUACAUGUUGUUACCUGUUAGCUUUAUUCACAUUAUUAUAAGGGCACAGGAAGACCUAUUGUAUUAGUGAUGCCGUCUAGUAUGGUUUGGCAAGAGUUUUGAUAUACAAAUCUUGUAAAUAACUUAUAUAAUACUGGUCCCAGUUUAAUUGUGUUGAGAAAGUUGUCUUCUAAUGGAAGGUUAUUGUUAACUUUUGACACAUUUCUUGUGCACCACAAGGAAAGUAAUUCAGUAAAUCUAGCAGUCAAUGAACACUUUAAGUGGGUGACCACAAUGCGUGCAGCAGAAUCAGCUAUUCUCAACCGGAUGAUCAUGACAAGAUACAGAGAGUUCAUCAAGCCAGGAAGGAUGAGAAAUUUGAUCACAAAGAGGAAUUGUGUUUCAUUCUGUCUCUAAUUGCUUCAGUAACAGCAAUGUAUAAGCUUGCUUCUGCUGUGUCUGCAUUGAGAUACUGUGAUCAAAUAAAAGGUGGAAGCUUACUUGGAAUGUCUAUUAUACAUGAUUAAAAAAACCAAAAA